ACAUAGAAUAAUCUCGGAUCUUUUAGAACAAUGUUCCGAUUAUCAACAGCAGCGUUUUUCAUAAAUUUCACUUUUUUACUUUUGGUUUGUCCCGCUUUUUUGAACGCCGUCACCUUAGAAGAACUGCACAAACAAUUUCUACAAUUGAAAGAAAAUUUUGAAUUCAUGGGGAUUCAAAAUGAUGUACUCGAAAAUGAAAAUGUGAAACUUGCAGUAAAAGUAUCUCGUCUAGAGACACAAAAAGGAAACGAUGAAAAAAUCGUUGAAGACUUGUUUGCAAAAAUUACUCGACUAGAGGGAGAAAUAAAACGGAAAGAAUUCUUUUCAACUUUCGAGCAUAAAAAUCAUCUUCUGGGCCCAGCUUUCAACAUAUCCUCCACAACUGAACUAAAGGCUAUUCCAACUUCUUGUGCGGAUUUGCGGAGUAUGGGACACAUCUGGAGUGGAAUAUAUUCCGUAAUGGGAUCUUCAAUGGUAGAGAAUGUUUAUUGUGACUUUACGAAGUUGCCAUCUGAAGCCGGUUUCCAGCAAUGGAUUGGAUUUGUUGAUGUAAAAUCCGUACCCAAUUAUUUCUAUGGUCAGUUAAAUGGUGAUUUUACAACACCAGAUACCCCUAUUCCCUUUCGAAAGAUAUUUUUGAAUGUCGGAGGAGGCAUGAAUGAAACCACGGGAAUAUUUACCGCACCCGUCAACGGCAAAUAUUUUUUUUCUUUAUCAGGAAUUGUGCAAAUAGUUGGAAGUCCAAAUUCCCCUGAUCCAACAACCCCAAGACCUAAAGAUUUUAUAUUGUAUAUGUUUAAGAAUGGGGUUAUUAUUGGGUCAAGCUAUACGGACGAGUCAAAUCUAUCAACACAAUUUGAAAAUUAUUCCUUGCAAUCCACUCUGGAUUUGAUCACAGGGGACCAAAUUUGGCUUGAAAUUGCAAACUCAUCAAGUAUUGGGUACGUUUAUAUGUAUAGUGGCUGUCACUUUACUGUUUUUCUGAUGGAACAAACGGAAAUUUUUCAGUUACUUGUUUUGUAAAUAAGUAAAUGAUUGAAAGUUUGAUAGAAAAAUAAAAAAGGGGAGAGCGGGAUAAUUGUGGACAAAUUUUUGUUUUUGUCCAUAAUUCAUAAAUUUUGUGCAAUACAAUAAAAAAGAAUUGCAAACUUA